UUGUUGCUAAAUUUUAUAUAUAUAUAUAGUAUGUUGCAACAGCUGGAGCAUAAAAAUAAAAUGGCACCACUAGGUUAGAAUUGCCUGAUAUGAAUGCCUUGAUCAAUGAUAUUACUAGUCCAAAUGCUAUCUGAUUUGUGAAUUGGCAAAUUGAAGUAUAUGAAGUCAAGUUAUAGGUUGAACCUCUUCAUUUGUCUGACCAGUAUUGCUGCUUAUAGUAUUUAUGAUGUUAAGCUGUGACUACAACAUAAAAUGAACUAUUUUUCACGGAAGAGAUCAACCACAACCAACAAUUCAAGCUACAAUUCCCAUCUGGUGAUUGCUGUUACUUUUAUAAAUUCCUGCUAUAGCUAGGUAAUGUAUUACAUACCUUUUAUUUUUAACAGGAAAUCUUUGAGCUGUCACAUAACGGUAGGAAAUUUCUAGCAGAAGAAGUAACACGACAUGAAACAGGGGGGAAUGUUGUAAUGAAUUGCUCAACUUUCACUGACAACAAACAUACAUACUUGGUAGCUGGUCAAGAAAGCCAUUGCCAACUGUAUAAUGUGAAUAGUAUAUUAGUCAAGGAACAAAAUGUAAUAGAAAAUGGAAUUCAUCCUGAUCUUAAGCAGAGAAAAAAUAAAGUAAAGGAGAAGACUGAUGCUAAUAAGAACUUACAGAAAAAGCUUAAGUUUGUCAUCACCCCAUCAGACAGUGUACAGACUGAUUUUCAGCUGCCUGAGCCACUGUGUCGAGUAGUCAGGAUACAUCACAAUGGAAAAUUGUUAGCUACAGGUGGUACCGAUGGCAAAAUCAAGCUGUGGAAGUUCCCUGGUCUCGAACCUUUAGCCACGCUGAAGGCCCACGAAAAAGAGGUAGACGACAUAGAUUUCAGUAAAUAUGACAACUAUCUGUGUACAAUAGCGAAAGAUGGACAAGCCAUAAUAUGGGAUGCAGUUAAAGGCAAACAGUUGAGAAAAUUGACCUGGAAACAACCCAACGGUUCAAAAUACCUGUACAAAAGAUGUCGAUUUGGCGUUAUGGAAGGGGAGAAUCGAAAAUGCGCCAUAUACACGCUAGCCAAUCCUACAGGGUUGGCUAAGAGGCAGAAAGCGUACUUACAACAGUGGUUACCUGAAGAUGGAUUGUUGAAAAAGGUAGCAGAAUUUGAUGAAAGUGUUUCUGCGUUGGCUGUGAGAGAUGAUGGUAGAUUUUUAGCUGUAGGUACUAUGUUCAGUGGAUCUGUCUCUAUAUAUGCCGCUUUUAGCUUGCAGAGGAUACUGAACGUCCCAGGUGCACAUUCCAUGUUUGUGACUGGUCUGGAAUUCUUGCCGGCAUCACAAGAAAACGAGAAUCACACAGUGUGCAGCGUUGCCGAGGCUGCAGUUUUAUCUAUUUCCGUAGAUAAUCAAGUCUGCAUUCACACCUUGCCUUAUAGAAAAACGAUGCCACUUUGGAUUGGUCUAGUGAUAUUGAUUUUUACGUUAUUUUUGACUUUUGUAUUUUGUUCUUAUAUAGAUUUAUAAUUAUGGAAGAUAAUUUAUUGAAUGUUGGAUGGUAUUUUGUAUAUAUUAAGAAAAGAAUAAACAAUGAGAUUAAUCGC